AUGCAACUUACUGUGACAAAUGCGCUAUGCGCACUUGCGCUUCUGAGUCUUUCUGUGACAGACGCACACAUGGGCCGUGGCUUUUCAAUGCCGACGAACGACAACAUGGCAGCGAACCAUUUGCGCCGGGGCCUUUCUCGCCGUGCUCAGCCAUCGAAUGCGCAAGAAAUGGCGUCUGCAAACGACGCCAAAGUUGAAUGCGAGGGCGGCUCGAACCCCGCAUUUUCACAGCUGCUCAAGGAUUACCCCAAGGCAGACAAGAUUGCAAGCAUUAUGGACGGUGAUGACCAGGGCCGAAAGGUUUGGGAAGAUAUAAAAAGCCAGAAAAUUAUUCCUAAUGACGUGCAUAAAAAGGCGACUACGGACAAAGAGCACUAUGAGUUCAGUGACGAGGGGUACGAUGCUGACAAAGACCCCGACUGCUGGUGGUCCGCGUCGACGUGCACCAAACCAAAACACGACCGACUCCAGCCUGAUGUAUCUGAAUGCCCGCUUCCUAAUUCUUGGGGCUUGAGCUUUGACGACGGCCCUAACUGCUCGCACAAUGCAUUCUACGACUUUUUGAAGGAGAAGGAGCUAAAAGCGACGCUGUUCUACAUUGGCGGCAAUAUUCUGAGUACGCCCUUGCAAGCCCAGCGCGGCUUUGCGGAGGGCCACGACAUCUGUGUGCACACAUGGUCCCAUCGGUACAUGACCACGCUCACGGAUACGCAAGUUUUUGCUGAGCUUUAUUACACGAUGCGCAUCAUCAAAGACACGAUGGGUGUUACGCCGCGCUGUUGGCGCCCUCCGUAUGGCGAUGUCGACGACCGUGUGCGUGCGAUUGCUACCGCGCUUGGUCUGCGCACGAUGCUUUGGAGCGACGACACGGACGACUGGAACAUUACCCCUGACGGCAAGUCUCCGACGUCCAAGAUCAACAGCAACUACCAAAACAUCAUUGACCAGGCCAAGAACGGAUCGCUGGACACCCAUGGCGUGGGUGUCCUUACGCACGAGCUUACGGAUAACACAAUGAAUGAAUUUAUCAAGGAAUAUCCCAAGAUUGAGAAGGCAUUCAAGCAUGUGCUCCCCUUGUCAGCAUGUUUGAAUGCGACGCACCCGUACCCAGAAGACGGCGUGAGCUAUCCCGGCGCCACGGCAUAUAUUCAAGGGAGCAGGGCAAACGGUUUGCCGCCUAUGGACAAUAUGCCAAUCAACCCCAGCUCUGCCUUGAACAUUAGUGCAUUGGACCAGCAGACCAGCGCAGGCGGCUUUUCUACUGCAGCGGCAAAGGCGUCGCCGGAUAGUGGGGAGGAGACUGGGAAAAGCAAGCAGGGCAAUAAAUCGACCUCGAGCAACGCUGAGAAGAAGGACGAUAAUGCAGCAGCGACGCUCGACGUGUCUGUUACACUGCUUGCAGCCUUUGCCUCAGUCAUUGCAGCCAUUGUCGUGCUCUAA